GCAUUUUAAUGACAUUAUAUAAAGUAUGUAAUCAAUAGAAAAUGUUUUGCAAAUUCUAGCAAUUCAAAAGAGUCAAAUACUGUAGGGAAAGAGUUUAAUUAAUCUGAAGCAUUAAAAGAAAAUUAAAAAUUGUUACAAUUGUAAAUGGACGUAUUUAUACAUAUAGAAAAAAGUAUUUACAGGUAUUAUAUAUUUCUAUUAUUUUAAGCAUCAGAAGCUUCAGAAAUAUGUAUUAUCAAAACAAAAACAAACAAUUUUGUUCCAAUUGUAAGAAGAAUAGUUAAAAAUGGAACAUGAAGAAGAAUUUUUAAAUACUUUCUUUACCCAAGUUGCACAAUUGUGUACUGAUAAAGCUAAGGAGUUAAUUGAAAAAGAACGUGGAUCAUGUCGUCAAACCCAAAUGGGUCCAUGGGGAAUGCUGCUUAUGCAUUUACCUCAAAUAGCUGUAGCAGAACAUUUGUAUGCGGAUUUAGGCUUUCUUCAUACUAAGAAUAAAGGAUUUUUAAGGAAAGAUAAUUCACUGAGAACAGUGUAUGAAUUAUUAAAAUCCGAUUUGAAGAGGGUGGAGGAAAUGACUAGAGGAACCAAUUCCAUUGGAGCAACAGUUGCUGAGGUUUCUAAUCAACUGUGUCAAUAUAUUACAGCAAAAAUACAAUUGAUAGAUUUUUAUGAGAAAAUGUAUAAUAUGAGUAUAAAUAGUAAAGCUAUGAAAUAUCAAGAAUUAUUAGAAUCUAUUGAAGGAAUUACAGAGGCUCAUUCUUUAUCUUGUUCACAUUUAGCAUUAACUGCUAUUAAAACAAGUUUAACAUUAGAAUGUGAAAUAUUAGUACAGUUAACAAAAGCACAAGUUGAACUUCAACAUUGGAGAUUCUUGUCAACAUUAAUGGCUCUUUAUGGUGCGCAAACACGUAUGUCCGCAUGGGAAAGAACUUUACAAAGUAAAGAGUCAUGGAAGUUAGGUUUUGGCACUUCUUUUCUGAAGGCAAAUCAACAACCAGCAUUAUAUCAGUGGUUAGUGAAGCUACGCAGUAAUAUACUAGCUAAAUGCUCAUUAUAUUUUCAUACUACUUUAAGUCAACAAGCUAAUCCAGGGGAAAUGAGAAGCAUCAUGAACAAACAAAACGUGGAUUACUAUCAUAAAAUACAAAGUUUUCAACGUAAACAUGAUGUUCUAGCGGUUUUAAUUGUAUUUGAUUCCCGAGGAGUAGAAGAUGCAGGUCCAGGUUAUAGGCAUCCUCGUAGAGAACCAAAUGUGACUGAACAAUUUCCUGUGGUUCUCAGUUGCCCUAGUGCAUUUGCCCAAAAACCAUCAUUGUAUUUGGAUAACGUACAAAAACGAAUUAAAGAACGUCAUGCAGAACUUCUUGCCAUGGAUAAAAUUGUGUAUAGUAAAAAUGUAAAAGACGUGUGUACAUAUGCAAUGUACAAUACUGAUCCUAGAAUGACUUUAAUUACUGUGUUCGAAAGCGGCAAACAAAAGGAUAAAGAAACUCAUGUAACAUCAUUUAUGACAGACCUAUGUACGCAAAUUAGAUGUAAUAAGGUUUACGAAUCAUUAAAAUUAUCAAAAUGAAGAAUAAUUCGGAUGUACAUACAAAUGCUAUAACAAUACCAAAGAUUGUAGCGCGCAAAAAUCAAAAGUUAUUUAAAUAACAUAUGUUACUAUAAUGUUGUAUAGAAAUAAAAUUUUUAUUACUGUUUAAUGAUA